GCUGUCUGUAUAGUAGCUGAGAGCAGUGUUAGUCCUUUUUUCUUGUUGUGUUUCUGUUACAUGCUCAUCGCCAUCUUGUUGCAAACCCUUUUCUUGUCUGGAAGAUUCGUAGGGGAUCAGGGCCGGGGGUAGUUUGAUUAGGCAUUUUUACUUGGGAGAAGAAAAGGAGAAGGAACCCCCGUUUUUUUGUUUUUUUUUUUAAAGUCUCCAGGAUUUUGGAUCCUCCACUGAAAGGCAACCCAAGAGAUGAGCAUUGAGACGCUUUUGGAAGCGGCCAGAUUUCUGGAAUGGCAAGCCCAGCAACAACAGAAAACACGUGAAGAAAAUGAAAAGCACGAAAAGCUCCGCCUAGAAAGAGAACAGGAGCAGAAGAAGGCCAGCGUACAGAAGGUUAACAAUGCCUUUCACCCAGAGGAGCCAAGGAACGAAAUCCCAGCAGUGCCCAACUCUCCCCCUGCACCAGCUCCUCCUCCUCCUCUGCCACCACCCCUAGCAGCCCCCAUUUCAGUCAUUCCCAUCCCCGUGGUCACUAGCCCACCUCAACAAGCGUCCCAAACCACUCUAUCCCCUCCGCUCAUACAACGCCACCAGCCUCUCAUCAGCACUCCCAGCAUCAGCAAGGAAGUCUCGUCAGUUGCACCUGUUAUACAGAGACCAUCCGGCCCACUUCUUCCAGACCUCAAGGCUGCUACGCCCCCUUCAGGUAGCCCCAAGCAGUUACCGCAGUAUGCAGCUCCCGUACUGGCCAUCUCUCAGCAUCAUGUGGUUCAGCAGCCAAUACAGCCCCAGCCCCAGCCUCUGCAGCAGCACCAGGCGCCGCCUCAGCAGCUCAAUGCUCUUAAACUGGCCCCGGCAGAAGAUGCCAAACCAAAUGAGCAGAAGAAGAGACCUGGAGGGGUUGGGACCAGGGAAGUACAUAAUAAAUUGGAGAAGAACAGACGUGCACAUUUGAAAGAAUGCUUUGAGACGUUAAAACGCAACAUCCCCAAUGUUGAUGACAAGAAGACCUCAAAUCUCAGCGUUCUAAGGAGUGCCUUGCGAUACAUCCAGACUUUAAAGAGAAAGGAGAAGGAAUAUGAACACGAGAUGGAGCGGCUAGCAAGGGAGAAGAUUGCGACCCAGCAGCGACUGGCCGAACUGAAGAACGAAUUGAGCCAGUGGAUGGACAUCCUGGAAAUUGACAGGAUUAUUCGACAGACAGUUCAGCCAGAGGAUGACCAGGCAUCUACCUCGACUGCAUCAGAGGGCGAAGACAACAUUGACGAAGACAUGGAAGACGACAGGCCCAUGAACUCCUUACCAAAACUAACCCAGCGCCAGCACCCCGAGCUACUGAAAGCUGUCCCUCCAAAUGCUGCUUCCCAUCACCCGGCCGUCUUGCCUCAGCACCUGCCUCUGCAUCAGAAACAAACCCCGCCCCAUGCACCGCCUCCCCUCCAGACCCAGGCACUGGUCCAGCCGCAGGCAAUCGUGCCCACACAGACUCACAUCGUGGCGGCCUCGACGGUGCAAUCGACUGUUAUCGCCCACACCGCCACCACCCAUGCGUCAGUCAUCCAGACUGUCAACCAUGUGAUUCAGGGUCCACAGACCAAGCACAUCGCUCACAUUGCACCUUCCACGUCCAGCCCCGUGCAACUCACCACUGCUGCUCAGCCUAUCGGCCACAUCACUGUGCACCCGGCAACCAUAAAUCACAUGACCCACCUCGGCCAGCAGUUACCCAUUUAUCCUCAGCCAGUGGCCGUCAGCCAGCCGGUCGUGAGCCACAUCGCUCACACGAUUUCUCACCAGCAAGUGAAUGGAACCACAAACCUAGGCCAGCAAGCAGUGAUGGCCAAACCUGCUGUAGGAACCCAAGUUGUCCACCAUCAACAGUUAGUUGGGCAAACAGUGCUAAACCCGGUAACUAUGGUCACCAUGCCAUCAUUUCCUGUGAGCACGCUGAAGCUGGCCUAGAACAGGAAGCCCACUGGCAAAGUCUUUGGCAGGCCACCUUUCCUGAAACUCCAUACAUUCCAGCCACGUCCGAUUCCGAGGGAGAAAAGUGCAGGAACUCUGUGAACAGGGGAAGAGUGACAUACCUAAGGUUGGGACUGCCAAGUCCAUCCUUAAUCUUUUAAUAACCAACCUGGAAGUGGUAAUGAGAAACAGGGCUUCUCUGCACUUGAAUUUCGCUAAUCAGAGAAAACUUUAAUGACAGUUGUUCAUAGUGAUUUUUUUUCCUUUUACGUGUAAUCAGUGAAAUAUGAAUAUGAUGUUCUUAAGACUUUAAUUUUCCCCUUUCAUGUGUUGCUUCUUUGUAGAAUAAAAAAGGCUGAUCUCUUUAUUGAGACUUUGCGUAGAAUGGGAAAAAAAUCAUAGAAGUCUAUAUUUAUAUGUAUAUGUAUCUGCCCAAAGCUACAUAUAUAUAAAUAAAUAUAACAGUGGAGAAGGCCUUUGGCAAGCUUGAUUGUUUGCAGGAUUAUUAGACAACUUAAAUGUUAAUUUUUGGAGGAAGAAAGCAGAGUGUCCUCUUUAAAAAAAGAAACUUUAAAGACAGAUGGUUUAGUGGACCAGAGUAAAAAUAUUUGAUGACAAAUUAAAAAAAAAACCAUGUUAAAGGUAUUUCCCUUCAGUAUAUUACAUUUCAGUAAACCAUCUGAAAUCACUGUGACUUGUUAUGGCAUUUAAAGGAAAUUCUCUGUCCUGUUUAAUAAAAGGAAAAAGAAUACACAACCGGA